AUGAACAAGAACAUGCCUAUUGUCGACGUAUGGGCCAAUCCAACAAGCACCAAGGAUCUCCCCGAAGUGGCACGGCUCUUCCAGCAAAGCCACGUCGACGCGGCGCUAACCAGCCAGCAACCCAGCCCCUCGGGGCUGAUAUCCCAGAUGGACGCGGCCGGGGUAUCUCAGAUCCUGCUGGCGUCAUGGCGGCGACCAGGCAAGGUGAUAUUCUCCAACGCCGACGUCGCACGGUACACACGAGCAUACCCGACGCGAAUCUUCGGGCUGGCGUCGGUGGACCUGCAUGACCCGGUCGCCGCGGUCGCAGAACUCACGCACUACGUCGUCCACGAGGGCUUCAAGGGCCUGCGCAUCGUGCCCUGGCUGUGGGACCUGCCGCCGACGGACGCGCACUACUGGCCGCUGUUCGUCAGGUGCGUCGAGCUCGACGUCCCCUUCUGCACGCAGGUGGGACACACGGGGCCGCUGUGCCCGAGCGAGCCCGGCCGGCCGAUCCCGUAUAUUGACAGCAUUGCGCUGAAGUUUCCACGCCUCAAGAUCGUCGCCGGCCACAUUGGCUAUCCCUGGACGGCGGAGAUGGUGGCCGUGGCCUGGAAGCAUGAGAAUGUGUAUAUCGAUACCAGUGCCUAUCUGCCCAAGUAUUACCCCGGGGAGUUGAUUACUUUUGCCAAUACCACGGGGAGGAGGAAGGUGCUGUUUGGGACGAAUUUUCCGCAGCUGACUUGGACUGCGUGUGUCGAGAGUGUGCAGAAACAUUUGGUCGAGGCCGAGGGGAAGGGCAGGAUGAGGAGUCAGGUCGUCGCGGAUUUCAUGGGCGGGAAUGCGAAGAGGGUGUUCAAGUUGGAUGCUCCGGACCCCCUGCCGGCACGGGCGUCGCUAUGA